AGUGUAGCUGUCAAAGACGCUAGUCACAGUUGAGUCGGAUGAUAAAUCUAAUUGAUGAAAAAAACAUGGUUUAUGCCACCUCUUUAAAACCAGUUUAGUUACAUUGUAUCAAAUUGUAUAUUUGACAACGUGCGCUUUUUCCUUUUUGACAUUGCUUCAAUUCGUGUUAAAUAACCAGUUUCGCAAAUGUUUCGCCUUAUUUGCUUGAUAUGGAUAUCAGAGACGCGCUAGAUAGUCACAGUCUGGAUUAGCUAUUGUUGAAAGACUAUCCGCUGUCAUCCAUUGGAUUUAUUUGUAUUAUUAUAUUUUUUUUACAACUGAACUUCUUCACGUCUGAAUUAUCUGGAACGCACAUCAAGAGCUCCUGAGGGCCCAGCAUGGUGAACAGUCAGGUGGGCAGUGGUGUGGCGUCACCCCCCAGGUCGUGUGCUGGAUGCGGGGGAAAGAUCGCUGACCGCUUCCUGCUCUUCUCCAUGGAGCGCUACUGGCACACACGCUGCCUCAAUUGCUCCUGCUGCCACGCACACCUGGGUGACAUUGGCACCACCUGCUACAGUAAAGGAGGCAUGAUCCUGUGUAGGAGCGACUAUAUCAGGUUGUUCGGACACAGUGGGGCAUGCAGCACCUGUGGCCAGUCCAUCCCGGCUAAUGAGAUGGUGAUGAGGGCACAGGGCAAUGUGUAUCAUCUCAAGUGUUUCACAUGUGCCACCUGUAGAAACCGACUGGUGCCAGGCGACCGCUUCCACUAUGUCAACGGCACCAUCUUCUGUGAGCACGACCGGCCAGGGGGUGCACUGCUCAGCAGCCACCUGCCCCCCACUGCAGAGCAGCCCUGUGUUGCCUGACCAGAAGGUGUGCUGAGUGCCUAGAGCGGUGCGCUGUGCCUUCAUCCCCUUUAUCCUCCCCUUCAUGCUUCCCUUGUCACCAGAGGACCGUCCAUCCCUGCUUACCCUGCUCCCGAUACUGUUGUUGUGGACCCUCAUCACCAACCACCACCCUGUCUCUUUGACCAGGAGGUUCUUUUUGCUUGCAGUAUCUAUUUCAGAUGUGUUGUGUAUAUCCAUGCUUGAGAGAGUGUACAGAUACACAGUGGCGGUGAGUCGUGUGUGUGGUGCAGUGCUGGUCUGUCCAUCAAAGACAAUAUGGACCACAUCAACUAUUUCAGGACUGAGGCUACGUGUUGUAUGUAAAGGACACCCAACUGUGUGCAUAUCCAGAACUUUGGUGCUUUUGGACAAAUCCUGCAAUGAGUAAGGUAAUAGUCUGGACCCUGUCUAGGAUCUAUAGUAAGAUUAAAGUAGACAAAAAUAAGCUUUCUCAUGGACAUAACUAAAACGCUAUCACUAACAGUGGCAUUGCUGUGGUUAUUAUUGUCAGGGAUAUCCCAUCACUUAGAUGAUGAGCUCACAAUCCCUCUCAAUGGCCUGUCAUCUGUUACUCAGUGAUGUUUAGACCAUCAUAUGAAUCUGGCUGAAGUGAAGGAAGAAGAUAAAUAUACAUUCUUUUUUUAUAAUGUUAUUGUGUGUUUCCCAGUAGAGUUCUAUUUCCUUAAUAAAUGUUGCAUUCAAUUUCAUUUUGGAUGCCUGUUCAAUAUGUGACAUUAUCAAAUGGAGAAAAAAAAUGCUAUUAAAACAUUUUACUGUAACGAGGUGAA